AAGAGAUUUUUAAAUAAAUUCUGGAUACAAGUCCCUUGUCAGAUAUAUUAUUUGCAAAGCAUUUCUCCCAUCUUAUGGUCUCUUUUCUCACAUUCUUGAUGGUGUCCUUUGAAACACACAAGUUGUUAAUUUUGAAGUCUAACUUAUCUCUUUUUACCUUUGGUCUCUUAUUAAUUUGGUGUUUAUGUUAAACACUAUUGCUUAACCCAGAAUUAUAAUUAUUUACCUCUAGUUUCCUCCUAGGGAUUUUAGGGUUUUAGCUCUAACAUUUAGAUGUGUGAUGCAUUUUUCAGUUGGCUUGUGCAUGGUGUCAGGUAGGCAUCCAAAUUCAUUCUUUUGGAUAUGGAUAUCAAAUUGUUCCAACACUGUUCAUUGUAAACAGUAUUCUUUCUCCAUUGAAUUGUCAUAGUACCCUUACCAAAAUCAAUUGACCAUAAAUGUAGGGAAUUAUUUCUGUCUACUCAAUUAUAGUCCAUAGAUCUAUAUCUCUAGCCUUAUCAGAGUACCACACUGGUUUGAUUUCUAUAGCUUAAUUCUAAUAAGUUGUGAAAUUUGGAAGUGUUGGUCCUCCAUUUUGUUCUUCUUUUUAAAGAUUGUUUUGGCUAUUCUUGAUUUUUUGCAUUUUCAUGUAAAUUUUAGGAUCAGCUUGUCAAUGUCUGUGAAAAAGGUAGCAGGAAUUUUGAUAGGCAUUGCUAUCCUUUAAUACAGAUUUAAUUUAUAGAUUAAUUGGAGGAUUAAUCUAUAAAUUAGGUUAUAGAUUGUAUAGGUUAACACCUUAACAAUAUUAGGUGUUCUGAUCCAUGAACGUGGGAAGUCUUUCCAUUUAUUGGGACCUUCUUUAUUAUCUUUUUCAACAGUAUUUUGUUGUUUUCAGUGUACAAGUCUUACAUUUCUUUUGUUAAAAGUUUUUUUAAACCCAAAAUGUAAAUGAAGCUUAGUGAUGUCCAGGAACUAGUCUUGGUCAACCCUGCCUCCCUCCUACCUAGCUUAGUUUCUGGGUUAGUGUCUUGAAUUGUGGUUGGCAAUUUUUGUGCUUAUCAAAAUGAGUUCAAAAAAUAUCUUUCAGAGGGGCGUGGUGGCUCACGCCUGUAAUCCCAGCACUUUGGGGGGCCGAGGCAGGUGGAUCAUGAGGUCAAGAGAUCGAGACCAUCCUGGUCAACAUGGUGAAACCCUGUCUCUACUAAACACACAAAAAUUUAGCUGGGCAUGGUGGCGUGUGCCUGUAAUCCCAGCUACUCGGGAGGCUGAGGCAGGAGAAUUGCCUGAACCCAGGAGGCGGAGGUUGCGGUGAGCCGAGAUCGCGCCAUUGCACUCCAGUCUGGGUAACAAGAGCGAAACUCCGUCUCAAAAAAAAAAAAAAAAAAAAAAUCUUUUAUAUCUACAGAAAGUUGAAAGUAUCAUUUUCUCUUUAUUACAGCAUUCCAUUAAGAAAACAGAACAUGUGUUAACACCAUUUAAUAAGAAUGGUAACUUAUGGAUAAUCUAUUAAGGCCAAGAAGGUUAACAGACAUGGCCAAAGAUAUGCAGUCAAUGUCAAAUAUAAAAUUAGAGCACAAUUCAACAUUUCCCCCAGUGGUGCACUAAUUCUAAAAGCCUUUAAGCCAAGAAAGACUUGAGACAGAUAAGGGAAAAAAAAGGGGGGGUGGAACUAAGCUAUUUUUAUUGGCUCAUAUAAAAAUGUAUAUUGUCAUAUCAUCCACCAUUUUUAGGGCAAAAAAAGGGGUUUCAGUUAGGAAAUGUAUUUUUUUCUUGAACUUCUAAAUUAGCUAACUGUUUGAAAAGGAGACUUAAGAAUGAUCUCCAGGCCACGUAUCAAUGAUAUUGACAUGAAUAUACCAGAAUCUUGACUUAGUGAAAAUUAAGGUCAGACUCCCAAAGAUGAAGCUAAUGGUGUAGCCAACUUUCUUAACUCACUUUUCCACUUGUGCUUCAAAGGUAGGAAUCUCUUUAAUGGGUUAACACUCCUAGGAUGUGGUCUGUGCUUCAGGAUUUAGAUUGAACAUCUAGUUAGGCAGGUGCUUAAUAGAGAAACUCCUGAGGGGAUGAAACAGGUGUUAAAUUACCAUGAUUGAAAGGAGGGCAGGGUAUGGGUAUCUAGCAUUUACUGAGAACACUUACCACCAAGAAAGACAUUGUCAAAAUGAGGCAAUCUGGAUGAAGAGGAGGGUGCCAUACUGGCUAGAUAUUACUGCUUAUGCAGCUUUCAUUAACAGGGAGAAAUGAGGCCUGUUGAGAAUUUCUUGAUGAUGACAACAAGAGGUACAAGAAUAGAGGUGCUUAUUAUCAAGGGUAUCAGACAUUGUACCUACAGGAACUGCUGUGGUUGACUGAUACCUUUCAGGUCUGAACUGGGUAAAUGAUGAUGACUGCCUGGACUCAAAUGAAGAAAUUUCCAAUUAUAAAUGGUUAAAAAAGAAAUAACUGAAUGCUCCCAGAAGUGUUCCUUAAGGCAGCCAGGUUAAAACCUGUGGGAAACGUACGUGGAGGGGCUGAGGACUUCCAAAAUGGGAGCAAAACAAAAAAAUCUUUCAAAUGAGGUGUGAGUUGAACGGAUGUUAAUUACAUAUUUAUUUUCUUAUCAGUUGUCUGAGAGUCAAAGCAACGACUUCAUCAUUAAAUGAUGAAGGCCUUGAAAUAAACUCUUGGCACAUGUGGAGGUAACAUUUGUGGUUCCACUAUACGCAAAGCAUUCUAGAGGUCCAUUAAAUUUAAAUUUGUAAUUUUGCUGAGAUACAAGUUUGAUUUCUGAAUUUGAUGCGAGAGUUAUCAAGUUGAUUAGUUAGGAAGUCAUCUACCUAGUGAGUAGGAAGUAAUCUGAAACUAAUUUUUCUUUUUCUUCCUUUUUUUUUUUUUUUUUAACGGAGCUUUGCUCUGUCACCAGGCUGGAGUGCAGUGGAGCGAUCUCGGCUCACUGCAACCUCCGCUUCCAGGAUUCAAGCGAUUUCCCUGCCUCAGCCUCCCGAGUAACUGGGACUACGGCAUGCACCACCAUGCCCGGCUAAUUUUUUGUAUUUUAGUAGAGACAGGGUUUCACCAUGAUGGCCAGGGUGGUCUCAAUCUCCAGACUUUGUGACCUACCCCGCCCCCCGUCGGCCUCCCAAAGUGCUGGGAUUACCGGGGUGAGCCACCAUGCCCGGCCUUUCCCUUUGUUUUGAAUUUGCCAGCAGCUCUAGUAAAAAUUAGCUAGGAGGUAACAUGAAUAUUUACAGUUAAACAGUUCAAUUACUUGAGCUUUAUGUCACCUUAACACUGUCUCCCAUUAACAUUGAUAAUUCAGUGUAUUUGAAGGAAAUAGAGUGGUUUCACAAUUUUAUUUACAAAUUGCUGAGAGGUGGAAAAUAGUAGAAAGCAAGGCUUUUGUCAUGAAGCUGCAUUUCCAUAGUAGGUAUCCAAAUUUAAUUCAGGAGAAAAUUAAAUUUAAAUUGGAAGGGCUUAAUUUUUUUUAUCUUAGUUUCAAGUAGGCGCAUAGCUUCUUGAAAGGAAUUAGAUCAUGUUGUUAAGAAAAUUGAGACACAAUUUUGAGGAAUAAAUUACCUAGGCAUUUUUAUCAAAUAAUUAGUGAGUAAUGUUUGAUCAAUUCCAAGGUUGUGGCUUUUAAUUUUCAAGGUGGAAGCUAUCUUUCUGCAGUGGCUGUUUGAAUGCCACACAAUUUAGUGGAGGGUAUGCUGAGAAGUCUCUUUGGGAGGUCUUUGGAGGCUGUAAGAGUGACAAGACAAAUUUAAGUCCUUCUGAGGACUAAGAAUAUUUGAAGUUUCAGGAGAACAGACCCAGAAUUGUUCUCAUGGGAUUUAGCAAUAAAGGACUUGAUUUUGAAGAUCAGUUAACAAAAGUUGUGAAUUUGGACCCAUGGCAGGAUCUGAUAGUGACCCUGAAGCUGGAAGGAAUCUUGGAAUACAGCUUCUGCUCUUUGAUGGUUAUAAGCAGAGCAAGUACAGUACAUCAACAUUUAGUUCCUCCCUUUGGAGGCAUUUGGCUGUCUUUCAGUUUAGAAGCUGCAGAGGCAAGCAGAUACUAUAUUUUCCUUCUCCCUCAUCAGUCCUUACUCCCCACAGGAAAUUUAAAACAUAAAUUUGCAUUUUAUUUAUUUAUUUAUUUUUAAAUUUCUAUUUGUUUUUAGAUUCCAGGGUGCACGUGCAGAUUUGCUACAAGGGUAUAUUGCAUGGGGUUCAGAUUUGGGCUUCUAUUGAUACCAUGUUCACUCAGAUACUGAACAUGGUACCCAAUAGGCAGUUUUUCAGCCUUUGUCCCCCUCCUUCUCUCCUGUUGGAGUCUCCAGUGCUUGUUUCUCAUCUUUACGUCCAUGUGAACCCAAGAUUUUGUUCCCAGUUAUAAGUGAGAACAUGUGAUAUUUGGUUUUCUGUUUUCCCACAAACAUUUGAGGGAUAAACAAACUAAGAAAUGGUAAGCCUGCCUUCUGAUUUUGAAAUCAGUAACAACAAAGGAAGGAGUAAUUAAGAGAUGGAUCAAUAGCUGAAACAGAUCAGAGAGCAGAUUCAUCAGAGAUGGAUCAAUAGCUGAAACAGGAUGGAAUUUCUGUUUACCUUUGAAAAAUGUUCUAUAUUAAGACAAACAUUUUUUAAAAUUUAAACAUUUUUUUCUUCUUUAGGUUUUCGUUCUUUAUGCUGAAACGAGAUAACAGCCUGAGGAAAGAGUCAUGUUAUAUAUCAAUGGUGGCCACCCAUUCCCGGAUAUAUCCCUCCUGCUGUGUGUGCUCCUUCCACAGGUCUGUGAAAAGCAUGCUUUUCGUGAUUCUCUUACUGUGAUCUUUCAGGAAGGGGUAGAGCAAGAUUUAUUGGACAUAGCAGAUUUCAAGACAAUUUUAUCUAUUAUAACAUUUUGAAGUUUUAUACUAGACUGAAGCAUAUAAAAAAGCUGAGGCAAUCUUGAGAGAGAACUAUUAAAUUUUCUAAUCAACAACUAAAUAAAAGUGAGAAUGUGAAUUCUUCAUUAUGGUCACUAAGAGGGAGAGGGAAGAAGGAAAAGAAAGGAGAAAAAAGAAUAUGGGACAUCAAAAGACCAGAAGAGAUGAAAACCGAUCUUUCUUUUUCAGAAUGAAAAGAGGAAUAAGAAUUUGCUUAGCUAGGGAGAGAGACAGGCUAGAGAAUAAGAGAUGGGAGUGAGUAUUUAGUGGCAAAUGAGCUCACGUGAUACUCUGCUUUUCAACCAUGCUGGUAAACAUUACAUUCUUAUUUGAGCCCUCUUUAUGCUUUGGGGUAGGGUUUAGACUUCCUGACCUUCUGCAAAGAGUGGCAUGAUUAUCCUUACCCUCCCUGUAACCUACUAAAAAAUCGCUUGCAGUCCUUUUGGUUGACUUGUGUCCACGAGGAAAUACUCAUUGUCUUUUGAAAUGUAAGUCUUCAGUUAUAUCAAACAGUAUUCCUGACUAGAUGUGGAAAUACCCUUCCCACUCCUAUCUACUAAAGUCAAUGUUUAUAUUCUCCAAUUUUAGUAUUUAACACAUGUAUGAAGGCUUGUGCUAGGUGUUACAGAUUUACUUUCAACUUUAUAGCUAUGACAUUAUUUAAUUUACAUUUAAUGCACAGAUUACCAGAUUGACUUGCUUUUGGUUUCAAUAGAUAUUUAGAUGUCUAGAUUAUCUGGAUACAGCACCUCUUCAAUGUGACGAAUAAGACUGAUGCUUGCAAAGGAGGCUUCUCACUUGUCUUGCAUAUCACAGGUGUGGAAACUGAAGGCAAGAAGUUGCCAAGUUUAGACAAUUACUACUCACUCUGUCUCACGACAGCUGGAUCAGAAGUGGGCAACUGAAGGAGUCUGGAUCCAGGAGGAGUUCAAGUUGCUAGAAAGGGUGGUGACCAAGACUCCCUAUUCUUAGGGGUGGCAGUGAUUGCAGUGCUUCAAAAUUUAAAGGAGGUGUCAAAAUGGAGGGUAGGGAAAAGCCUUUCACCUUUGAGCAUAAACCAUGAAGUCAAAAGCUUCAGAGAAAAGGAAGAUGGGUUCUAUCUGGGCGCAGAGGUCAGUUGUACCCUACCUGACUGAGGAUAUCACCAAUAUUUCUCCAGGCAAGUCUUGGACAAGAAGGAAGGUGUGCUCUCAUGGCAAGACUGCAAGAGAGUUGCAUCCUUCCUGCAGGAAGUAAACUAUCCUUGCUGAGUCAUCCAGUGUCUCAGCAUGGACUUUUCCUGACAUUAUAAACCUGUUUCCAACAUAAAUUCUGCCAACAGACUCAUCUGUCUUCAGCAAUAGGCAUGAGCUCUGCCUUCCCCUUGGCAGUGGCGAAGUGAUAUGGAGCGGGGGCAGUGAGGUGGCGCUUUAUAGGACUGAGAACACCACGCUCAUUUAUACAUAAGAUUCCUACCCAUUGGAUCACUUGAGGAAAGGAGUUCAAGACCAGCCUGGCCAAUAUGAGUUCGGGCAGAGGACAAUACGCAAAGAUUGGGAGCUAGAAAGAAAACAACGUGCCUGCUUAUUCAAUGAUUAUAAUUACCAAUGUACCAGUUAUUGUCUGGGAGUACUCAGGCCAAUACCUGUCUUGUACCAAUGGGGUAAAACUCCUGAGAACUACCUUCCCAAGAUCCCCUUGACAGCUGGUUUCCAGGAGGAAGAGUAAGGGGAAUGGGUGGAAGUACUCAACAUGCAUGGGGAGAGCUGGAAACAUCUGCCUCUGAGCUGUGUUGGAAACCUGAGAAGCCUCAAAUAUGUGGAUGUUUUCUUGGCUUUGUGCUAUUUUAGUUAUUUUGGCUAUUGCUGGUAUGAACCCAAUAGCAAAGACCACACCAUAUACCAAAUUUACGAAGAAAUCUGAGGAAAGAGAGAUGCCAAAGGCUCUAAAGCCAUCCAGUGGCCCACCUCCCCAAGAAGAAGAAACCCUCUUCACAGAAAUGGCUGAAAUGGCAGAACCAAUCACCAAACCCUCAGCCUUGGAUUCUGUCUUUGGCACUGCCACUCCCUUUCCCUUUGAAAACUUCACUCUUGGCACAGCUGAUUUCUUUGUGAAUUGUUGUGAUUGUUGUUCACCUGUAUCCGGGCAGAAAGGAGAACCUGGAGAGACUGGAAAGCCAGGUCCUAAAGGAGAGGCUGGGAAUUUGGGGAUCCCGGGACCACCAGGAGUGGUUGGGCCCCAAGGCCCUAAAGGCUACAAAGGAGAGAAAGGGCUCAAAGGAGAACGUGGGGACCAAGGAAUUCCAGGAUACCCAGGAAAACCUGGAGCACAAGGUGAACUUGGCCCUAAGGGAGAUAAAGGAAACAUUGGUUUGGCAGGAGUGAAAGGACAAAAAGGCUCCAAGGGAGACACGUGUGGGAAUUGUACCAAAGGAGAAAAAGGAGACCAAGGGGAUGUGGGCUCACCAGGCCUGCACGGAGGGCCUGGCACCAAGGGAGAGAAGGGGGAGAUGGGGGAGAAAGGCUACUGUGGAGAUUCUGGGGAGAGAGGAGGAAAAGGACAGAAAGGUGAGGCAGGUAUAAAAGGAGAAAAAGGUAGCAAAGGGGACAGUGGAAUGGAAGGCAAAAGUGGUCACAGUGGUCGGCCUGGAACCAAAGGUGAUCCAGGGGUUAAAGGAGAAAAGGGAGAGUUAGGUCCUCCUGGUCUCCUGGGACCUACUGGGCCAAAGGGUGACACUGGCAGUAAAGGGGUCCGAGGCCCCAUUGGGAAGAAGGGCUCUCGGGGCUUCAAAGGCUCCAAGGGUGAGGUGGCUAGAGUGCCCCAGUCAGCUUUCAGCGCUGCUUUGUCAAAGCCUUUCCCUCCUCCAAACCUCCCCAUCAAAUUUGACAAGGUUCUCUAUAAUGAUCAAGGGAGUUAUAGUCCUGUCACUGGGAAGUUUAAUUGCUCUAUUCCUGGGACAUAUGUUUUUUCCUACCAUGUUACUGUGAGGGGCCGACCUGCUCAAAUCAGUCUGGUGGCCCAGAAUAAGAAGCAGUUCAAGUCCAGAGAAACUCUCUAUGGUCAGGAAAUUGACCAGGCAUCUCUCCUCAUUAUCUUGAAAUUAAGUGCAGGAGACCAAGUCUGGCUUGAAGUGUCAAAAGAUUGGAAUGGGGUGUAUGUCAGUGCUGAGGAUGACAGCAUUUUUACUGGGUUCCUUUUGUACCCAAAGGAAACUUCUGGAAUUUCACCAUAAGUUUGUGCCUUGAAUCCCGUAGUUUAGAUUUAGUGGAAUAAGUCAAUUAACAUAGACUAGUGCUAUUAAAAAAUAACUUACGAUUUUUUCAACACUAUAAAAAUAAUACAGACUUUUUUUUAAAUGUCACUUAGAGUCAAUUGUUAUUUCUAUUUUAAGGCACCUCCUUUAAAAAUAUUUAUAUGUAUUUCAGAACAUAUGUCUAUUAACUUUGUAGCUAGACUUUAAAAUUUAGUAUUAUAAUAUUAGCAUUAUUCAUGCCAUUUAAGUAUAUUUGUAUACAAAAUAUGAAUGAGAUUUAUAGUUAAUAAAUGUGUUCUUACUAAAUAUCUUCUAUAUCUCAUAUCUUCUAUAUGUCACUUCUUUUUGUGUAAAUUGCAUAGUAUGACAGCAAGUUUUUGACUCUCUUGGGUGGGUUGCCUUCUGACAAAAUGGAACUCUUCUCAUGUUAGUUUAAUUCAUGGAGAUGACACAGAAAGAGUGGCAAAGACUAGCUAAAGGAUAUUUAAAAUUUAUCAGUGUGUAAAGGUUUGCUCACAAAACUUGUAUUAUAUGGACUUAUGUGUUGGGUAAAAUGUACGAAAAAGUUGAUAAAGUGAAGAUGAAAUCAUUAAUCAAGUUAUUGUGCUUAGAAGAACUGAAUGUCCCCAAAAGAAUCAAGAAUAAAAUGAAAUCAUUAUUGAUCUGUAAUUUUGCCUUUUCUUCAUGAUAGAACAUUUAAUUAGGAUAAAUUCUUUGGCAUCAUCAUUAUCAUCUCUAUAAUAAUUAAUUCUAGCUAUUCAGUGAUAACAUUGCUGGAGCAGGUGGGGAUUUGGGAGUUAAUCUGCAAUGCAAAUGUAUAGUAAUUGUGAAUAUUUUUUGAUAAUUCAAUGGUUUCAUUUUUGUUGUUUCUUUUCUUUUUUUUGAGACGUGAUCUUGCUUGGGUGAUCUUGCUCUGUCACCCAAGCUAGAGUGCAGUGGAGUGAUUCUCGCUCACUGCGUCCUCAACCUCCUAUGUCCAAGCAUUCCUCCCACCUUAGCCUCUCAAAUACCUGGGACCACAGGCCUUUGUCACCAUGCUUGGCUAAUUUAUUUUUAUUAUUUUAUUUUUAUAUAGAUGUAAUCUCCCUAUGUUACCUAGGCUGGUCUUAAACUCCUGGUGUCAAGAAAUCCUCCAGCCUUGUUUUCCCAAAAUGUCGGGAUUAUAGGUGUGAGCCACUGCACCUGGCUGGUUUCAUUUUUUAAAAAGCAAAUUUAUGGAAUCCAAAUUGAAUUUGGUUCCGUGAAGGCAUCGUUAUGCAGAUUUGCAAAUCUUGGUGCAUCAAGACAGGGAGUGGGUGAUAGAAAACUUUCUGGUCUUUGCCUGCUUUGUUGCAUUGCCUACUUUGGCAAACACCACUCACUUUUGAGGCUCUCAUAUAUAUACAAACACACAC